ACUAAAAAGCUAAAAGCUAAGAUAAAAAUGAAACUUUUCUGUGUUUUUUUAUCAUUUGUCUUUGUAAAUGUUAUAGCAGAUAUAAGGCAAUAUAUGAUGGCGGUUUUCAUUACAAACAGACACAUACAGCUAGCUUUUGAACACAACACUAUUCAGAUUGGAAAUGGUUUGGAGCGUGUAAUUAAAACAAUGGUUUAUGAUAAUGCAUACUUGAUGGACGAAAUUAGUGUUAUGAUCGCUAUACCUGAAUAUGCAAACCUUAACGACAUACAGCAAUCCACAAAUUACCAAACACUUAUGCAAAAUGAAAUAGCAGUGCAAUUAUCUCUUCCUGUGCCUGAAUUUCCAAACCAAAAUUUUGGAAAUCUAAAUUUAAGACAACUUGGAGAAGAGAGAAGAUUUUUUACUGCAGAAGCUUUAAAAAAUAUAACCAUCAGGGCUUUAGACGGACUCGAACCAGGUGUCACUCUAAAACAGUUGUGUCGUAUCAUAGGAGUAUGGACGAGUACACAAAUCCCAAAUUUAUUUAUAACAUCUACCAAUGUUGAACCUUAUAGUGUUUGUGCCUUAGAAGAUGAAGAAGGUCAUGUUGUAAAAUACAGAUCAUUUGAGGGCAUAUAUUGGCAAGUAGACGUCACUGACAUUGAUCUUCAAAUAAUACAACUUAGAAACCUAGUGAUGGCUACCAACAAUAGUAAUUAUUAAGAUCAGGAUCUAAAAGCAUAACUCUUCUAAAAUAAUAUAAUAUAUUACAUAACACUGGUGUUAUUAUAUUUAAAUAGUUUUUAAUAAAAUUAUCAAAUAAUUUGAUGAAUGUCAUAAACAGUUUUGCUAAUAAUUAUAAAUUAAUACAUCUGUUGCUUA